AAAUGUCAGGUCAUGGUUCUCAGUUUUGUUGUGUAUUCCCCGUUGGGCGUUUCAGCCGGGAAGAAGAUAAUAUAAACCAAGCCAAGGCCGUAGUGAGACUGAUAGUCUGACUCUGAGAGACUGAAACAUGGCGGGAAUAGUGAAGUACGGAAUCGUAGGCGUGGGGAUGAUGGGGAGGGAACACCUGAUCAAUUUAGCCCAUCUUCGGACGGAAGGCGUCGCCGUCGUUGGUAUCGCCGACCCUCACGUCCCUUCUCAGAAACUCGCUCUGGAUGUAGCCAAAUCCUUUAACUGGGCACCGGAGGUUUUCUCAGGACACAAGGAAUUAUUGGAGAGUGGACUUUGUGAUGUAGUGAUUGUAUCAACUCCAAACAUGACUCACUAUCAAAUCCUUAUGGAUAUCAUCAACCACCCAAGGCCCCAUCAUGUACUUGUGGAGAAGCCAUUGUGCACAACAGUUGCAGAUUGCAAAAAGGUAAUAGAUGCUGCUGGUAGGAGGCCAGAGAUAUUGGUGCAAGUUGGCCUGGAGUAUAGGUACAUGCCACCUGUGGCUAAGCUGAUAGAAAUAGUUAAUGGUGGAAUACUUGGACAAGUCAAAAUGGUGGCAAUACGUGAACACCGGUUUCCUUUUCUGGUUAAGGUCAAAAAUUGGAAUCGUUUUAAUUGUAAUACAGGAGGAACUCUGGUAGAGAAGUGCUGUCACUUUUUUGAUCUCAUGAGACUGUUUGCAGCUGCAAAUCCAGUUCGGGUGAUGGCUUCUGGAGAUAUUGAUGUUAACCACAAGGAUGAAAUCUAUGAGGGAAAGGUACCUGAUAUCAUUGAUAAUGCAUUUGUUAUCAUUGAAUUUGACAAUGGUUCUCGUGGCAUGCUUGACCUCUGCAUGUUUGCUGAAGGGAGUAAAAAUGAGCAAGAAAUAUCUGUUGUUGGUGACAUUGGGAAGGGUGAGGCCUUUGUUCCUGAGAGUAUCGUGCGGGUGGGCAGUCGAGCAACAGGGAGAGAUGGAGUGCAAACUUUAAAAGCUGAGGACAAACGGAUUAAAUACGAUGGGCUGCAUCAUGGAUCGAGCUAUUUGGAACACCUCAAUUUCCUGUCUCUGCUGAGAGCUCAAGGUGUCCGAGCCCCUGCAGUAGAUUUGCAGGAUGGAUUGCUUUCUGUCGCCAUGGGUGUUGCAGCCCAGCUUUCAAUAGAGAAUGGCCGUUAUGUUACCAUUGAAGAAGUAAUGAAGGAAUAGAUCCAAAUCAUACAAUAAAUAAAGCUUCUCUGUUUUGAUUCCUUUCACAUCUGUAUGUUUUACUUGCUCUAUUAUAUUAUGGUUCUGUUUAAGUGUAUUAAACAGAAUUUUGUCUUCAUGUACUAUCAAAAUAAAUUUGUAAAUCUGUAAUGAAUUGGAACCACGGGCCUGGCUAGUUGGCUUCUACCCAAAGUAAAAAAGAAAAAAAGAAAGCCACUGAUAUGGGAGGUAGAGCUGUCAAUGCUUGGAGCCAACCUGUAAGACCCGGAUCAACCGGAUCCUAUAUCACACAGGGUCUGGCUCUGCAUUUGAGUCCCGAUUAUUAAGAGGGUCAAUUCUGGGUUUGCAUUUGAGUUGC